GUGGCUCCAGCAGCCUGUCAGCUCCGCUCACGUCUUUAUCUUUCCUCUGUGUCUUUCUCCAGAGAAGACAAGUGGGAGAGGGCCCUGCCUGUGGCAUACGGAAGAAGGAAACGUCCAUUCUAAUAUCCUGUCUGGGUCGUAUACUCUCUCCGUCAGCCUCACAUAUAUCAGUCCAUCUUGCUGGAUCUGGUGCAGGGAGGACGCAGCCGCACUGAUAUCUGAUGUUCUUCUUGUUCUCUCUCUUUUUCUUUUUUUUUUUUAACGUUCAAUGGCAAGGACAUGCAGCAAAUUACUGGGGAGAGGAGACACACAUCCUAAGUCGCUUAUGAGGUGUGUGUGGAAAUAAAAGCAUAGAAAGUGUGGUGAGUGUUUAACAAAAGGAAAUGUUGUAUUUUCCCCAAAUGUCAUGUGGAGACUUUUUUCAUUUAAUAGUGCACUGGCCAAGUGCACCCCCUCUUGUCGAAAUUCAAAUGAUUAAGUUAUAUUUGUGUUUUCAAGACUGUAAGCAUAAAGGAUACAAGUUUAAUUCAUUGGGUAAUUCUUGGAUAGACAAAAUAUUGUGUGAUCAACCCUAAAAAACGUUUCAGCAGUCCUGACAGCAGACCAACUGACUCCCUAGGAGACAUAAUUUUAAUAGCGUGGUGUCUGAGAAGCAAAGUGCAAAAACACUAAAACAGCAGUUUCUAUUUUUACCAAAGAAACUGAAGAAAGCACUCUGAUGAUGCAUCACUUUGACACCAUUGACACAUGAAUUCAGCACAAAAUAACUUGUGAGUCUCAAGGUCUCAGCACACUGAAUGAUUCUAAAACCAUUAUUUGCUUACUUUUGCUGGGGUCCCACUGUUGGCAUACAGUAGUAACCACUGAAGAAAUAUUGACUCAGAAUACCAAGGAGCAAACAGUGCACCUCCCAUUUGUACAGUAAUUUUUUUGCCAAAACCCAACUAAUUUUGCAAGGCGUGAAACAUUAUUUUGUGACAGCUUAGUCACAGUUUGGCCGAAACAUUAUCAUUUACUACAAAAGAAUGUGCAGUGCGUUCUAAUACAGAAAUAUUUAACUUUGAGGGUUGGUAUUUAUCUCUUCUGCCAACUUCAUAGGCAGUUAAUUCACACAUGUGCACUGGUGGAAGUACGGGUGAGGAAGGGAGUAUAAAGAUGCUGGGAGACCCGAGGAAAACUGGAGGAAGCAAGUAAAGGGAGAAAAAGAGACAAAAUGUUGUUCCACAUCUGCCAGAACCUCAUUCAUGGCACCUCUCCAUUUUGCCUCGCAUGACCUUUGCUUAGAGUACAGGCUGUGAGGUUUUUCCCAGUUUAAAAAUAGUCCCUGCUAAAUUCUACACUUCACUGAAUUAUUUUGACAGUGAGGGAUUUUUUUUGUAAUUUUCUUUCCUGCUAACACUCCCACUUUUACCUCAACCUUCAUUGCAAAGUACAGAGUGAGUGCCAGAAAUAUGCCCAAAGGUGUGUACCAACCACCUAGCAUGUUUACCCUCACCAGCCUCGUGAGCUUCCAGAGUUUGUCAGUGACUAUACAAAGCUCCCGUCGUGCAAAAAAGCUUCAGGGAGUACAAAGUUCUCUGUCUGAGACUUAUUGUUCCACCAAAAUACAUGCAAAGGGAGCUGGGCUGAAUACUCUCACACAAAGUGUGAAAUCAUUAUUUUCACACACCUUCUUUUCUUAUCUAGUGCUGGCAUUGCUUGAAACCAGUUGGAAAGUGGUGUAAAAAUAGACAAACAUAAAAGAAGGGCAGUAGUUACAGUUAUGGUUGAAAAGUUAAGCUGUUGAGCAUAAUCAUGUGGGAGAAACAAAAGUAAAAGGAAUCAUUAGAUAAUCUGUGUGAAGGUUUCUCUGGAAUAGAGAGGACAAAAAUUCCAUGUAAAAUUUAUUAAGAUACUAUUUUAUUAACUUUAACUUUUUGUCUGUAUUCUUAUACAUUAUUUUGUUGGAGGGCUUUCUGUUUCAUCAGCAUCUUUUUAUUUAUUUAUUUUUGCAGUAAAGCUCAUUAAAAUCAGUUUGAAUACACAUGAAAAUCUGCCCGGACAGAUUGAAAUAAAUUGAUGAUUGAAAAAUGAUUAUAUUCAAUAUCCUCUUUCUCCUCCAAACUGUCCUCCUUUUCUUCCCUGACUUAUUGCCAUUUAAUUGUGAGGGAAAACUGUGUAUCAUUAUAAUACCAGAGAGGGUGCUCUCACCAACAAUAACUCUCCCAAAAUAACGGAUCACAAACAGCUGGCAGAGCAGCAACGGCUGCUGUAGCUGCUCUGUGCAAUAUGGGCAUCACUGCAGGUGGAACAACAGCUGAAACCAAAUUACAAUAACAUGAAUGCAAUUAUCAGGCCUUUUUUUUUUUUUUUUUACAUAUGGACGCUAUAUGUGUGCCUUUUUGCACCCUGCUACAUUCAGUUUCAUUUGUACAUAUGGUAUUUUACUGCACUUUAUCUCACUGUUUUAACCUAUUAGUCUUGUGAAAGCUCUUCUAUGGAUGGGUGUUGGUUGCACUUAAUGUUAACACUACUAUGCUGUGACUGGCUAGUAUUCGGUUUAAUUUCUAUAUACUUAUCUGUCUCUUUAUAAGUAAAUCUGCACUAAGACAUUACAAAACCCAUCAUUUCUAUUUUUAACCAUUACAAUUACAUUAUGUGUACUUAGAUAAUUAGCUGAGGCAUGCCAUUUAUACCAUCUCUUUGUCUCUUCCUGUUGUCUUCUUAUAAUUUAAAUGAUGGGAAAAAUGAUGGCAGUUGUCUCAGGAGAAUUGAAGAUUGAUUUAUUGUUACAUGACAAUUCUGUUUUAGACAUUCAAGUGCAAGUUACAGGCACACAGCAAAAAUUGGAGUGUUGAAAUUUCAGGGGUAAACAUAUCAGAGUUGAUUUCAACUCUCAAAGUGUUAUUUUAACACAUUCUGAUUCAAAUGGUGUUCAGUGUUGGAGUUAGCCAAGCCCAAGCAAAAAAAGUUAAGGCCCCUGGGCUUCGGCCCUUUCAAACCCCGUGCGUCAAUUAAUAGUCUGCUCAGCUGCGUGUCUUCCAUGUGCUGCGGCUGCUGCUGGUUUCACGGACGGAUCAGUUUUGGGAAGAGUUUUACGCAGACGAUCAAGUGGUGCUGCUCUUCAGCUUCAGAGUGAGUCGUCAGCUGGUAAACCUCGAGUGAAGGAGCAAAAUGCUGGUCCAGGUUCAAUACUGCCAACAGCAGAAGUAUGUGAAGGUGGAUGAUGUCGAUGGACAGUUGGAUUUCAUGCGGUCCCAUGGAAAAGCGUCGUUUUUGAAAUUUGGACUGAAGAGGGAAUGAAUUUUGUUCAUCGAGAGAUUUUGCCUGCCACCUGAUGCAAAAGUAGUGUACAAAGAUGCAACAGGGACAGAAGUUGAUGAAGACAUUUUCAGUGACCUUGUCAGCCAAGGCAGUGUGGUUCUAACAGUUUUCUCAAAUGAUGAGUUUUCUGAUUGCGCCUUGUCCUCUCCAUCUGAGUGGUCUGACUCGAGCUUCAGUGCAAGUGCAUCAACUAUACUUCUAGAUGAGGUCCCUAGGAAGAAAUCAAGAAUUGAAGGCACAAUUAAUGCAGCAUCUGCUAAAAAGUUGAUCGAAGCUGUACUUGGAACCAGUUCAGGUGGUGAAGAGGUCCUCGAAGAAUAUCACACAACACAAACUCUUACAGAUGCUACCAAAGGAAAACUGGUUAAUAUAACAGUGGCCCACAUGAUUGAUAAACAUGGGCACCUCGCCACCAAAGCUAUUAGAGAAGAGUACGCUCUUGGGAUAGUGACAGUGUUCCCGUCCCUCAAAGACCCAUACUCCAAGAAAGGCUACGAACACUUCUAUGAUGCUGCAAGCAGCACAAAUUACAUUUCUUGGUGUCUGAAGGCAAUCCAGAGAAAGAUUCGACGAAGAUCUGCACCUCCAAAUAGCUGCACUGGCUUUUCUCGAGGAGGAGGGAACACAGCUGCAAACUGGUCACCUUUUGGCUACAGUCACCUUUCUUAUGUCAACCAGUGUAGUAGAAGGGGCCCUAAUUUCCAAAGAUCCAUUGUUGUUGAGGAGCAGCUUGAUGGAGAUGCUUGCCAGGAGGCCAUCUCUUUGCUCAACCAUACAACAGACACUUCCUUAAUUCUCCAAAAGAUGAGAGAGACCUUUCAGUAUCGUCAGAACCUUAUCAAUGACCCUGACAAAAGUCUUGAUAUCCUGUCAAUCUUCCCAAGAUUCCUGGAUACAAAAGGAUUGGUGAAUCAAGACUUCACUCUCCUGUUUGAUGAUGAGGUAUCCACCAGGCUGCUUCAGAAAUGGGAUCCGGUCUUCAGGUGUAACGUCAUCAAAGAGGCCAAGCAGCUCACCUCAACACCAGAGCUGCAUCAAUUGGUGCAGUCAGCACUUAUGAUAAAGAGAUGGCCUCCCUUUUGUUGCUGUUAUAUCUCCUUCCUUCCGCCACCACCAGGGGGACCGAAGUCUCCAAAAAUCAGCGCCUCUGAUGCAGUUGAGAAACUUGUUGUCUUUCACAAGUCUUGCUGUAGUUUGGAAGAGCAUCUUCGGAAUCAGCAGGGCCAGCAGCCAUACCUCCUAGCCGUUGGUCGCCAGAAGAGGAACAUCGACAGCUUCUACAUCUCCAUGGACAAGCGUCUCAUCCUUUACCAGGCAAACCGCUCCCUUGGGGCAUUUGAUGAGCUUUUUAAAGCUCAUUUUGUGUUCAGUGUGUCUUAUGAUGGGGCACUUGUGAAUUUCUACACCUUUCUGCAGACAACAGUUUAUAAUAUAGAUAUGGGAAAAAUGAAGGAGUCACCAAGAGUUCGAGACAUGAGAGCCAAACUCCUUAACCAGGAAAUACUUGUCACAACCCUGAGUUAAAGGCAAGGCAAUCUCUUGAAGGCAUUGUGAGCGAAAUGCUGACAUGUUUUUUGUGUAAGAAAGUUUAUCCCAGCAGUCAGCAGUUAAUUUCCCAUUUAAGAGGUGAACAUGGUUAUUAUCCUGGACCUAAGUAUAAGUUGUUUUGUUGUCAACCAAGCUGCAGGCUUCAGUUUCAAACUUAUGCAGGCUUUAGGAAGCACCUCAAUAUCGUUCACAGCAAUGUUGAGCAAAUUGCUCAAACUUCAGCUGUUGCUUGUUCCUCUAGUGAUCCAGUUUCACAUGCUUUGGAGGACCAAUUUAAUUCCCCAAAUCUUCCUCAAAGUUCAUCCAGUGUUCUUCCAGUGUCUAAUUCUUCCCAUGUUCCAGAGAGCAGUGUUUCAGGACUUAACAGGGAUUUAUCCAAAGAAAUGUGUGCAUCCAUCGUGGCCAAACUACAGGGUAGUGGCAUUUCUAACAGUUUGGUAUCUUCACUUGUAGGAGAUUUGCAGGAAUUAACAAGUGAGCUUACUCAGAAGUGAAGCAGACCAUUAUUUCUGCUUUACCCACAACUGACCCCAACAUAUCUGUAAUAAAUAAAUAUUUUGAAAAAUUGGAAAACCCUUUUACUCAUCUGAAUACAGAAUGGAAACAAAAUAAAUACUUCAACCUAAAAUGGGGAGUUGUGGAGCCUAGAGAAAUAACACUUGGAGUGAGAUAUGACACCAGGUGUAAUCAGAAAUCCGGUACUUGAUCAAGUACCUGUAAAGGAUACUUUUAUAUAUGUACCUAUUCUGGAAUCUUUGAAGUUCAUGUGUAGAAAUCCAGAGAUUUGUGUUUUCCUGAAGAGAGAGUGUAGGUCAGGGCCUGAUGCUUAUCAUGACUUUUGUGAUGGAAGUUACUUUAAAACUCACCCCGUUUUCAGCCAAAAGACAUGCAUUACAAAUUCAGCUAUACUAUGAUGAUUUUGAAACAGCCAAUCCCCUUGGCUCAAAACAUGGAAUUCACAAAAUUGGCUGCAUUUAUUUCAUUGUAACAAACCUACCUCCAAAGUUUAAUUCGAUUUUGAUGAACAUUCAUUUAGUAUCACUUUUCCACACAGCAGAUCUGUGCAAGUAUGGUUUUGAUGUUAUACUGGAACCACUGAUAAAUGAUGUGAAACAACUGGAAAGCCAAGGGUUAAGUCUUCCAUUUUCUGAUGAGCCAGUAUAUGGUACAAUCUCACAGAUCACUGGAGAUAAUCUAGGGAUGCACUCAAUUCUUGGUUUUAACGAGUCAUUCAGUAGCCGUCAUUUCUGUCGCCUUUGUUUGAUUGAGAAAGAUGAUUGUCAAACGGUGUACACUGAGGAUGAUCCUAAAGCGAUUAUUCGUGGAAAAGAUAUGUUUGACAUGCAUUGCCAGUCUCUUAAGGAAAAUCUUCACUUGAAGUCACUGUAUGGUUUGAAAAGAAAUUCUGCACUCAAUUCAUUACAGUAUUUCCAUGUUUGCAGUAACUACUCAUUUGAUAUAAUGCACGACCUUCUUGAAGGUGUUGCUCAGUAUGAGAUCAAAUUGCUAUUUGAAUAUCUCAUAGAACACUUCAUAUCAGAACAGAACUUGCUUUCUAGGAUUUAUGGUUUUGACUAUGGUUUUUUAGAGCGAAAAAACCGCCCCACUAAAAUCAUAUUGGAUAGUGCUGGCAGUGGCAUUGGCUUGAACUCCAUCCAGACAUUAUGUCUCGUGAAAAACGUCCCACUUUUGUUUGGUGACAUAAUUCCUGCAGGGAACAGACACUGGGAGUUAUUACUACUGUUACUUCAAAUAAUGAACAUUGUUUUUUCACCUUCUCUCACUCUGGGUAUGACUGUGUAUUUAAAGAAUCUGAUUGUUGACCACCACAAACUAUUUAAGCACUUGUAUCCACACAGAAAAUUGAUACCCAAGCAUCACUUUAUGAUUCAUUACCCAUCUUCUAUUAGGAAAAUUGGCCCAUUGUUGUUUGUCUGGUCUAUGAGGUUCGAGGCUAAACAUAAGUUGUUUAAAGAUUAUUUCAAAAAUUUCAAAAACCUAACCAAAUCACUUGCUAAAAGGCAUCAGAUGGCCAUUGCUUUUCACUGGGAAACCUUCACUCUUAAACAGAAGGAAUAUGAGCCAAUUAAAUCAUUUUCUUUGAGAGAUGAGAACAUGGUCAACAGUGAAAUGCUUGAAAUGUUGUUGUCAAAAGAUGUUUUCUCAACAAGUUGGGUUAAAGUUGAUGGUGUAGAGUACAGAGCUGGACUUGUUUGCAGUUUAUUGGAGGAAGACAUGCCAGUCUUUUGUCAAAUACUUGAUGUACUUCUGGUUGAAGAUGACAUUUUUUUAUUGACACACAAGCUAUUUACAGAGAACUUUGGUGAACAUCACCAUGCGUUCAAAGUAUUACGAACAGAAGAAAGGUGUGUAGUAAAAACAACUUAACUUAAAUGUCACAAACCCUUUGAUAUUCAAAGCUCAUAUGGAGCUGCAGAUGAAAGUUUGUACAUUAUACCUUCAUUUAUUAUGUUUUAAUUGACUGCAUGGGAGAAAAGCCUCAAAAUAAAUGUCUUUGAAAAUGUA